CAGCACGAGAACACGUGUUGGAGCCUUCUGGAAACCGACUCUCCUUUCGAGAGCGUCCGAGUCCAAGCAUUGCGGGCUUCCUACCAGCGGUACUUUUUACUUUUACUUCGCUGGCUGUGCUGCUUCGCCAUGUCUGCCGUUAAAGCUCUGAACCCAAAAGCAGAGGUGGCCAGAGCCCAGGCCGCCCUAGCGGUUAACAUCAGUGCCGCCCGGGGGCUUCAGGAUGUGCUGAAAAGUAACCUGGGACCGAAGGGGACCAUGAAAAUGCUGGUGUCUGGUGCAGGAGACAUAAAGCUGACCAAAGAUGGAAACGUCUUGUUACACGAGAUGCAAAUUCAGCACCCGACAGCAUCACUCAUUGCGAAGGUUGCCACGGCACAGGAUGACAUCACGGGAGACGGAACCACCUCCAAUGUCCUCAUCAUCGGUGAACUGCUGAAGCAGGCGGACCUCUACGUGUCGGAGGGUCUUCAUCCAAGAAUCAUCGCUGAGGGCUUUGAGGCGGCAAAAGAGAAAGCCCUGGCUGCUCUGGAGGAGGUGAAGGUGACUCGGGAAAUGGACAGAGAGACCCUCAUCAACGUAGCACGCACUUCCCUAAGGACCAAGGUCCACACAGAGCUGGCAGACCUGCUCACUGAGGCUGUAGUAGAUGCUGUGCUGGCCAUCGCUAAACCCAAUGAGCCAAUCGACCUGUACAUGGUGGAAAUCAUGGAGAUGAAGCACAAAACUGACUGCGAUACACAACUGAUCAGAGGUUUGGUGUUGGACCACGGUGCCCGACACCCAGACAUGAAGAAGAGGGUGGAGGAUGCCUACGUGCUGACCUGCAACGUCUCCUUGGAGUACGAAAAGACAGAGGUCAACUCCGGCUUCUUCUACAAGAGUGCAGGGGAGAGGGAGAAGCUUGUGGCUGCAGAAAGGAAGUUCAUCGAGGACCGCGUGCAGAAGAUCAUCGCCCUGAAGAACAAAGUCAGCCCCAAUGGAGAGAAGGGUUUUGUCGUCAUUAACCAGAAGGGUAUUGAUCCAUUCUCCCUGGAUGCUCUUGCCAAGGAAGGCAUUGUAGCCCUGCGCAGGGCAAAGAGGAGGAAUAUGGAGAGGCUCACCCUCGCUUGCGGUGGCAUUGCCAUGAAUUCAGUUGAUGACCUCACACCUGAGUGCUUGGGAAGUGCUGGGUUGGUUUAUGAACACACACUGGGAGAGGAGAAGUACACAUUCAUUGAGAAGUGUGGGAACCCUCGCUCAGUCACCCUGCUGGUGAAAGGACCCAACAAACACACCCUCACACAGAUCAAAGAUGCCGUAAGAGAUGGUUUGCGGGCAGUCAAGAACGCCAUUGAAGAUGGUAGUGUCGUGGCCGGCGCAGGUGCGUUCGAGGUGGCUGUGGCAGACGCUCUGGUAAAACACAAGCCCAAUGUGAAAGGCAGAGCCCAGCUGGGAGUCCAGGCAUUUGCAGAUGCUCUCCUAGUCAUCCCCAAGGUUUUGGCCCAGAACUCUGGCUAUGACCCACAGGAGACCCUGCUGAAGCUGCAGACGGAGUACAAAGAGUCUGGUCAGCUAGUUGGAGUGGACCUCAGCACAGGGGAACCCAUGGUGGCAGGAGAAGCAGGUGUAUGGGAUAAUUACAGCGUUAAGAAACAGCUUCUCCAUUCAUGCACGGUGAUCGCCAGCAACAUCUUGUUGGUGGAUGAGAUCAUGCGAGCUGGAAUGUCUUCCCUCAAAGGUUAAAAGGUCAAGUGAAGAAGCUGCAUCUGUUAUCAUACUCGCAGGGAUAGUUGUUUACCUGACGGUUCAGUCAACGUGUUCCCGCUCUUGGAACUUUGAAGCACCCCCGCUGCCCGCUGUAAACACCACGGCAUCCAUCACAGCGUCUGUCAGAAACCAUUGUUUUGCUAGUCAUUGUUUUUUUCAUGGAUUUGUCAAUGCCUCCCUCUGAUUGGUUUAUUUAUGAGAUUUUGUUAAAAGCACUGACCUCUCAACUCACUCAGUUUUGUUUCUACCCAUUAAAAGUUUUCAUGGCUCUUGAAA